AUGCAUGCAAGGAAUGCAACCGAGGAGACGCGGUGGAUUGUACCCUUUGAAAGGAAUCCUCUAUUCACAGGGCGUGGCUCCGAACUGGAUCAGCUCCAACGUAUGCUCCUUGCAAAUGACCAGUUCACGAAAGUCGCUGUCUCUGGCCUCGGAGGAGUAGGAAAGACUCAGCUUGUUCUGGAACUUUUGUACCGACUAAGAGAGAAGCACAAGCAGUGUUCGGCAAUCUGGAUACAGGCUAAAACUAUGGAGAGCCUGGAUCAAGGGUACCAUGAGGCUGCACGACGGUUCGGACUUCGAGACUCCCAGGCCAAAGACACGAACAUCAAGGAAAUCCUACGGGAUUUUCUAAGCCACGAGAACGCGGGUCAUUGGGUUCUCGUCUUUGACAAUGCCGACGACGUCGAUAUGUGGACUGGAGACAAUACUGCGUCGGAUCAGACCUCGUCCAAAAGGCUACUCGAAUACAUACCUCGCAGCACAACGGGGAGGGUCAUUUUCACCACACGAGACCGCAAAGUCGGAGUGAAGCUUGCGCACCAAAACAUUGUUGAAGUGCGCAACAUGGCUGAAAGCACAGCGGCGCAGAUGUUGCGAAAUUCUCUCAUCCGCAAAGAACUUGUCGAUUCACAACAAGCGGAAACGAAAGCAAUACUUGCGUGGCUUACGCAUCUACCUCUGGCGAUCGCUCAGGCAGCUGCCUAUAUCAAUGAGACCGGGAUCGCUAUUUCCGAUUAUCUGUCGCUUGUGAGCUGCCAAGAGGAAACCGUGAUCGAGCUUCUCACCGAGGAAUUUGAAGACGAUGCAAGGUACUCGGACUCAAAGAACCCAGUGGCCACGACUUGGCUGAUCUCGUUUCAAAUGAUUCAACAACGCAACCCCCUCGCUGCAGACUACAUGUAUUUCAUGGCUUGCAUUGACCAUAAAGACAUCCCUAAGCUUCUCCUCCCGCCCGGCGCAUCACCCAAGAAGGAAGUGGAUGCCAUUGGAACACUGAGCGCUUUCUCAUUCAUCACCACGCGUCCAGAAGACGCGGCGUUGGACUUGCACCGCCUAGUCCACCUCACCAUAAGGAACUGGCUUCGGAAAGAAGGAACGCUUGCUGAGUGGAUGCACAAAGCCGUCACACGGUUGGAAGAGGUCUUUCCAAAUCACGAACACGGGAACAGGGUCAUGUGGAGGGCUUAUCUACCUCACGCCCGCCGUCUCUUGGAGUCCGAUCUCAUUGCAAGAGACCAGAGUAUCAGGGUAGCAUUGGAGUGGAAGGUUGCUUUGUGUUAUUACAACGACGGUCGAUUCCACGAAGCAGAGGCUCUCUUUCGAGAAGUGAUGGAAUGCUGGAAAGUUCGGCUUGGAGAUGAGCACCCCGAUACAUUGAAGAGCGUGGCACGAUUGGCUUUAACAUAUCACGGACUAAGCCGGUUUGAGGAGGCAAAACUGCUUGGUCUCAAGGCUUUGGAAGCCCAAAGACGUGUGCUCGGCGAAGAGGACCCAGAGACACUGUCUACCAUGAGCCAUCUGGCCAUGACGUUCAGUGAUUUGUCCCAGUGGAAGGAGUCAGAGGAGCUCGAGCUUCUCACGAUGGAGAUUCGACAGCGCGUCCUCGGCAGUCACCACCCGGACACUCUCGUCGGGAUGAGCAACCUCGUGUACCUGUACAACUGCCAGGGCUGGUGGAAGCAGGCCGAGGAGCUAGGCAAACAGACCGUCACCGCCCGCAAGAAGGUUCUCGGCGUCGAGCACCCCGAUACUCUUCUCAGCAUUGGCAACUUGGCACACACCUACAACAACCAAGGCCGGUACAAGGACGCCGAAGAGCUGUUGGUACAGGUGGUGCAAGUCCGCGAACGGAUAUUGGGCAAAGACCACCCACACACUCUGAGCGGCAUGAGCAACCUUGCUGUCAGCUACCACAACCAGGGCCGAUGGGACGUGGCAGAGGCUCUCCAGGCCCAGGUCCUGGCGACUCGCAACGUCGUUCUGGGCCCUGAGCACUUCUCCACCUUGACGAGCAUGGCUCAUUUAGCGUCCACAUACCACAGCCAAGGACGACUAGGCGAGGGGAAACGGCUCUCAACAGAGGUGCUGAGGCUGCGGAAAAAGGUUUUAGGCCCGGAAAAUCACCACACUUUGAACAGCAUGGCCUCCCUCGCAUCCAUCUAUGUUGAUGAUGGGCAGCUUGCCGAGGCCGAGGAGCUCGCUUUACAGGUACUCGCCGUGAGGAUGCAGGUCCUAGGCAUGCACCAUCAUCAUUCUCUGACGAGCAUGGAGCAUUUGGCGGCUAUAUACGAAAGGCAAGGGCGGUUGAAGGAGUCGGCAGACUUGAGGGAACAAGUUGUCGAGGCGACCAAUGAGACAGCAGCGUGA